AUGACAUGGAUCGAAGCCGCCGCCGCACGCCUCCGCCGGCGCGCACGCUCCCGCCCCCGCCCGCCGCUCCCGACCACGCCCCCGCCCGUCGCGCCCGCCGGCGUGCCCGACCCCAGCACCGCCCGCCCGCUCGCCGUGUUCUCGCACAGCAGCAGCCCACUCAAUGGCGGCGGCUCUCUCUCUGACAGCCCGCCGGUCACUCCAGAGAUCGAUAACGCAAAGCAUCGGGACCUCCACUUCGAGGCAGCAGCCCAGGAGCUUGACGAUGUUCUUGUGGUUGAUCUGGGAGAGGAUGAGCAUCUGCUUGCCGAACUCCUUCUGCUGCUCGCUGGCCAUCGACGAGAUGAACCGUUUAACCGCGACAACACCGCCGUCCUUGAGCAGGCCCCUGUAGACGGUGCCGAAGCCACCGUGGCCGAGGAUGUUCUUGUCAGCCAAGUUGUCGGUCGCCUCGACGAGCUCUGCUUCUGUGAAGACGAUGAAGGUCUCGUUGCCCACUUCCCAUAUCAGGAUGGCAGGUACACAAUGUUUGCUAACGGUAUCGACUCGAGCCAGGUGAGGGUUCAACGUGGAGGUUCAUCGAGGUCUGCUACUCGUAGCUCCCAUCGCUCCACUCAAGAUCCAGCAGAAGUGGAGCAACUGCGAGAAGAACUUAGGCGACAUCAGGAUUACUUGAAGCAACAAGCUGCACAACAUAAAUAUUAUACUACACAGAUUCAACAACAACAAACACUCAUACAACAACUAGCACAGGUCCAAGGGAUACAUGUCCCAGUGCCCCCACCACCACCACCACCUCUCGUUCAUUAUCCUUGGUCUUCACCUCCACCUACACCUAUAUCUCCAUCUACCGAACAUCAGACCCCUCCAGCUACCUUGCCGACGCAUGAACGAGAAGACGGGUUAGACUUUGUCGAAACCCUAUUCGCUAGUGGAGGUAUCGACCAUCACUCGUCACUGUAACCCGAUGGUGAUCGGCGACCGUGAGCUUCUAUGUUAUUGUAUUCUGAUACUUGAGACUUUUAUUAUGACUAUGUAUGAGAUAUUGUCUCUUAUUAGUACUGGAA